AUGGAUUACUGGGAUAAAACACCAUUUGAGGUUAAGCAACGUUGGUUUGGAGAGUUCAAGAAAGUAUAUAUUUGGGAGGACAGGUUUGAUAAUGAGAUACAUGGACUUUAUGAGAAGUCUAUUGGUCGAGGUUGCUUGAAAACUGUCCUUUAUAAUGCAAGGAAGACAUUCAAGGAAAAGGGAAUAUCACCUACUUGGAUGAGUGAAGAUAACUGGAAGGAACUUCAGCAAAUUUGGACAGAUCCCAAGUAUCUAAAGAAAUCUGAGACUAAUUCAAAGAAUAGGUUGAGCAGUAAGGAUGGACUUGGCCCAUCAUGCCACUCUGGAGGAUCAAUAACAUCUUCAGAGCAUAAGAGAAAAUAUGAGGAAGAGACAGGGGGUGAAGCUCGUCCAUCUCAAGUGUUCUUGAUGACUCACAAGAAAUCAAAUUCUGAAGCCUUUGUUGACAAGAAAUCAAAAGCAAUAUGGGAUAAGUUUCAAAGUGAGAUGAAAGAGUCUCUAGAUGAUAUGUCAGAUGUUGGAGCUAUUGACAGCCAUGCCUUGGAGAAUUUGAGCAAUGAGCAAGAGAUGUCAAUUUGGACAAAAGUUGUUGGUGGUCCCAAAAAAGGAAGAAUAUAUGGUCUUGGAUCAGAGGCUACUAACAUUUAUGUUGCAUCUUCACAAGCUUCAAGCCAUGCACCUCCCCCUAGUCAGGACUACAAACAACAAAUGGAACUUAAAAUACAAGAAGAGGUAAAGAAAAGGGAAGCACUUGAAAAGGAAUUGCAUGAAUUGCAAGUGGUUGUACAGCAACUAAUAGCUACUCAUGGAUUGUCUCAUCCUUGUUUGGAGACUCCACAAAAUGUUGAUCCAUCUAUAGGAUCCACCUCAGCUGCAAACAAAGAUAAUUGA